UGUGAAGCAUUUUAGUCAGUCAUUGAAAGGUUGAACAAGAACACAACACACUUAAGGGAAAAAGGAAAAAAGGGGGAGGAAAUAAUGAAGUGACCAAAUAGAGAGAUUCAGCUGAAACAACUGGUUCAGGGAACAAGAAUCAACUUCAGGUUAGAACUAGAUCGUUGUCUUACUGUUACAGACUCUCAGCUUUCUCUCUGAACGGACUCUAAAGCAGCACAGAUGCUCUCUACGAUGCAGACAUUCAGCCUACUCAUCCUUUUCAGCCUAUUCAGCAGAUAUGCUCAGCAGCAGACCUGCUCUUCUCUCCAUAACCCAACUAUGGACUGCAAAUAUGGCAAAAAGGCUCAGCAGCAGACCUGCUCUUCUCUCCAUGACCGACCUUUGGACUGCAAAUAUGGCAAAAAGGAAAUGAACAUAUACAAUAAUGAGGAGAUCCGGAUUGUGUUGGUGGGGAAGACCGGAGUUGGGAAGAGCGCCACAGGAAACACCAUCCUGGGAAAACACCACUUUAAAUCAGAGUUCUCCCCUAAAUCUUUGACUGAACACUCUGCUAAGGCCAAGGGUGAAGUGGAUGGACAAAAGGUUGCUGUGAUUGACACUCCGGGUCUGUUUGACACAAGGAUUGAUCAUAAUAAAACCAGUAAAAAUAUUGCCCAGAGCAUUUCUUAUGCUUCUCCUGGACCUCACAUCUUCCUGGUCGUCAUCAGACUGGGCCGAUUCACAGAGGAAGAAAAGAAGACGGUGGAGAAGAUUCAGGAGAUCUUUGGAGAGGAAGCAGACAGAUACAGCAUGGUUCUCUUUACCCAUGGUGACCUGCUCAAAGGGAAACCUAUCGAGGAGUUCUUGAAGGACAGCGAAGAGCUGCAGGAACUUGUGGACAAAUGUAACGGCCAGUACCACGUCUUCAAUAACGAGGUAAAGGAUCCUUCUCAGGUCAGCGAGCUGCUCGACAAGAUCAGAUAUAUAACAAAGAAGAACGGAGGAAGUCAUUACACCACUGAAAUGUUCCAGAGGGCAGAGAGGGCGAUAGAAGAGGAGAAACAACGAAUCCUUAAAGAGAAAGAAGAGCAAAUGCGCAAAACUGAAGAGGAAAUUAAGAAGAAACUAGAGAAAAAAUAUGAGCAACGAAUAAGAGAACUGGCAGCUGACAAAGAGAAGAUGCAACAGGCAGCUGCAGCUCGUGAUAGAGAAAUAGAGGAGGAGAGGAGACAAUAUAGAGAAGAGCAGGCAAAUCGGGCCAGACGGGAAGCUGAGGACAGUAAUAUAUUUGUUCGUGUCUUCAAAUUUGUCGUCAAAACAAUAUCAAGUUGGUUUGAUUGAAGGUGACAUUCUGACUUGCUGAACAGCAGCAGCUCUACAAUCUGUUCUCUUCACAGCCCCUUUCUGAUUUUAAUGUGUAGUGCUUCAAUUUCAAAUAAACUAUUUCACAGGUUAAUAAUUGCACAAGAUAAUUAAUACAUGUUUAGAAGUGCCACAGCUUGUAAAGAGCAUGUUUCCAUGGUGAUCAUAAAAUAAAUCUGAUAAUAAAUGAGUAAUGUUUAACUGACACAUGUCAGAGGUUGAAGAUAAUUAAUACAGGAGAUGAAGGUCUCCUUCCAUUUAAUGUGACUUACAUCUCACAGAGAACCAGGUAGAAGAAGAAAAAGA